AUGUUCCCUUACUGGCCGAAUGAUUUGGCUCUUCCGGGAUUAGAGCCCGAGUCUUACGCUUCACAGGGUGAAUCAGUUGUUCGCCUGAUUUUGAAAGAUGCCAAGCGUCGCAAUGCGCUUUCACUGGAGAUGAUUGAAGAACUGACCAAGGAACUGGAAGGAAUAAACUCAAUUUCUAAGGUGAGGUCGGUUAUAAUAUCAUCGGAGGGUCCAGCUUUUUCCUCUGGUCAUGAUUUGCGUGAGCUGGUGCGUGGUAUAGCCGCUGCUGCUGGUUGUCAACUGGUGGCAUCGUGUGACAUUGUCGUAGCAGCCGACAAUUCCAAAUUCAUGGUUCCUGGGCAGAAGGUCGGAUUGUUUUGCUCAACACCAGGAAUCGCGCUGGCUCGUGCUGUUCCUCAAAAGGUGGCCAUGGACAUGCUUCUCACCGCUGAACCAAUCGAUGCUCAGACCGCUCUUCGAUGUGGUUUGGUUUCGCGCAUCGUACCAGAGAAGGAAGUGAAAUUUGAAGCGCUGAAGGUCGCCGAGCAGAUUGGUCAACAUAGCCGUUCAGUCACAGCUCUUGGAAAGGCAUUUUUCUACACGCAAACUGAACUUAGGGUGAACGAAGCAUACAGAUAUGGUGGAAAAGUAAUGACGGAAAACCUCAAACUGAAGGAUGCUCAAGAGGGAAUAAAGGCGUUCACCGAAAAACGGAAGGCAGCCUUCACUCACUCGGAUGAAAAAUGUCAAUAA